GCCCUGAAGUUUUAGAUGAAAUGAAUGAGUCACUCGAGUUCACAUUAUUCUCUUAACCAAACUCACUGUAUUUAAACUAACAUGAAUGACACUAUACUUACCGGGUAUUUUGACUUCGAGCGGAAUUUCGAUGAAAAAAAUGCAUUUAAAUGGUUUGAGGAAAACUGGACCACGUCCUUUGUGCUGUGCACUGUUUACGCCACAGUUAUCUUCCUCGGCCGGUACUUGAUGAGAGACAGACAGAAGUUGGACCUGCGUGUUCCUCUGGUCCUCUGGUCUCUCAGCCUUGCGGUGUUCAGUAUAAUAGGAUCAGUGCGUACAGGAUCCUACAUGCUGCACCUCCUCAGUAAUGGAGGAUUCAGACAGACCGUGUGUGACACCACCUUCUACAGCGCCCCCAUCAGCAAGUUCUGGGCCUUCGCCUUCGUCCUCAGCAAGGUGCCCGAGCUCGGAGACACGGUGUUUAUUGUCCUGCGUAAGCAGCGUCUGAUCUUCCUGCACUGGUACCACCACAUCACGGUGCUGCUGUACUCGUGGUACACCUAUCAGGUGCGAGCUGCAGGAGGUUGCUGGUUCAUCACCAUGAACUUCACCGUGCACGCGCUCAUGUACGGUUACUACGCUGCCAAAGCGGCCGGCCUUCAGCUCCCUCGAAUCUGCGCCAUGAUCAUCACCGCCCUGCAGACUCUACAGAUGGCUGUGGGUCUGACGGUGCUGGCGCUGGUGUACAUCUGGCAGAACGACACCGUGUGCAGGUCCACCAACAGCAACAUCACCUGGGGAUCACUCAUGUACCUCAGCUACCUGCUGCUCUUCUCCUCCUUCUUCUACAAGUCCUACGUGAAAGGAGGAGGAAAGGAAACAGCAAAGGAGAGACGAGUUAAAGCCGAAUAAUCUCUCUCUUUCUCUCCUUCUCUCUCUCCCUUCUUCUUCUUCUCUCUCUCUCUCUCUCUCUCUCCGUCUCUGUCUCCUCUCUCUCUCUCUCUCUCUCUCUCUCUCUCUCUCUCUCUCUCUCUCUCUCUCUCUCUCUCUCUCUCUCUGUCUCCCUUCUCUCUCUCUCUCUCUCUCUCUCUCUCUCUCUCUCUCUCUCUUUAUAUAUAUAUAUAUAUAUACACACAUGUCUCGGGUGUGAACAGAUCAGGUAACAGGUUUACAUUGUAUGUGAUGUUUUCAUGUCACUGCAGCCAAAGUCAUUCCGAACAAAGUGGGAGAAAUUGAUUAGGAAGUCUGAGCGCCGUUAUGAUGCUCGUCAGAAAGCCACCAAUAGGAGGAUUACGCUACAAACACACACUACAAACUGCAAACACUAUUACGCUACAAACACACACUACAAACUGCAAACACUAUUACGCUACAAACACACACUACAAACUGCAAACACUAUUGCGCUACAAACACACACC